AUGUCUAAGAUACAUGACGCUUCAGAUGGCUCCACGUUUUCCAAGUCGUCAUGGCGUCAGUUCUGCGUCCUGCUGAGGAAAAACUUUCUCGUCACGAGGCGUACACCCUUCAGCCUUCUGAUCGAGCUGGCAGUGCCGGCCUUGUUCCUCUACCUGAUGGGGUUGAUCAAGGGCGAUUCUAAGCCAACAAGAUAUGAAGGAGAUAUUCCCUUCGCCGAUACCCCGGUACCCACCUUCGAGGACCUGCAGACGUUCGCCUCGCACCCCAACGUGCUCUGCUACGACAACAACAUCUUCUUCAGGUGCAAUUGCGACAACUAUGGCGUCGGAUUCCCGUCUGACUACAUCUCCGGCCUUCCAGUCACCAACACCAGCCUGGCCAUGUGGGGAAGCGGACACGCGUUGUCUACGUUAGCGUACGUCUGCAGUGGCCUUGCCAGCCUUGGAGGGAACUUUUCUUCCCUGUCUGCGACCGACCAGUGCACCGCCGCCCAGUUCUACGACAGCAUGUGCAUCGACCCCUCAACGGGCUAUACGUACGCCGGCUACUACUACGGCACGGACUCAAGCGCUGGAGACUCCAUUGCUACCGUUGAAGACGCAUGCGGCGCGCCGGGGGGCGAGUUGAACAGCAGCGAAUACCUGACGCUGUUUUCUGACACUAUUGCGGUUCUGGUGAACGAUGAGACCGAGCCGUUUGAAGCCACCAUCCCAGAAGAGGACAUCGAGACUGAGUGCCAGGCUCUGGGGCUUGCGGUGAUGCCAAAGGACAGCACCAACGGAGUCGACGAGGCAAACGACUUCCUCGCUUACGUCCAAGCAGCGUAUCCCGAGUCGGCCGACCACUGGCGGGCGCUCGAGUCUGAGGCCGAAUUCACGGAGAUAGUUACAGACGAAGGCUACACUAGUGCUGGCGCUGAUCCAGGGCUUUCCUUCGGGGUUGUUUUCUACUCUGGCGGGCCAGAUUGGGAGUAUAAGAUCAGGACAAACUUCACGAAAGAGUUCGACGACUGGGGGUACUACUACAACAACGUCCCGUCAACGUUUAGCAACACAGACACGAGCUGCAAGGAGCCUGGCGACUGCUUCUGGACAUCGCGCUACCACAGCAGCUCAGUGCUAGCGGUGCAGCAGCUGGUGGACAACUGGAUUAUUAGCCAAAGCGUGCCCGAGGGAAGCUCGACCGAGUUUUCGCCUCCCCAAGUACGGGUGGCUGAGUUUCCGCACUCUGCCUACGCGCAAAACGGCUUCUGGGAUACCGCCGGCUUCACGUUCGCCAUCCUAGUCGUGAUUUCGGUCAUGUUUCCGGUUGCCAACACUCUCAGCCACCUCGUGAAGGAGAAGGAGCUGAGGAUCAAGGAAGGGCUCAAGAUGAUGGGACUCACCGGUCUUGCUCACACCGCCUCCUGGGUGUUCCACUUCGUCUGCCUCUUCUUCUGUGUCGCCCUGCUCAUGGUGAUCGCCUCUGGCACUCUAUUCGAGAACAGCGACAAGGUGCUCAUGUUUUUGUACUUGUUUGCCUUCUUCAUGGCGACGACGUCGUUCUGCUUCUUCAUCGCAGCGUUCUUCAGCCGCGCCCGGACGGCAGCCACGAUCGGCACCCUGCUGUUCUUUGUUGCCCUCUUCCCGUACUUCGCGGUCUCGGAUAAGGAGGGCAUCACGGCCAACCAGAGACGGGCGGCUUGCCUGUUGCCCUCCACGUGCCUUGCCCUGGGCACUGUACCCCUGGUCGAGUUCGAAGACGCCGGCGUGGGGGUAACGAGUGAGACGGCCGGGUCAAGCGAGAGCGGUUUCACCUUCAAUGACGUCAUCACCAUGCUCAUCAUCGACGUGUUCGUCUACGCCGUACUGGCGUGGUACGCUACCAAUGUGUUGCCUUCGGAGUGGGGAACAUCCCAGAAGCCUUGGUUCAUCUUCACCAAGGCCUACUGGCUCUCCGGAAUGACCAGCAGGGAGGCGAUGGCGAAGAACUCCGAGUUGCUGGGUCACGACGAGAGCGAGGGGCGACCAUCGGUGGAACCUGCUUCUGAAGAGCUCAGGGCCCAGGUGCCCGCCGGCCAAUGCGUCGCGAUUCGCGGCCUAACGAAGGUGUACCGGAGCUCAGUUGGCGGUUCCAAGACGGCGGUGGACAAGCUAGAUCUCACCAUGUAUGCUGGUCAGAUCACGGCUCUGUUGGGCCACAACGGCGCCGGCAAGACAACGCUCUUGGCUAUGCUGACGGGGAUGAUCCCAGCGACAGAAGGGAGUGCGUUCAUAGCCGGGCGAGACGCCAACGAAGACAUGUCCAACAUCAGGAAGUCCCUCGGCGUCUGUCCCCAGCACGACAUCCUGUACCCUACCCUCACCGUCAAAGAGCACCUCAGGCUGUACGCCGUGCUGAAAGGGGUGCCCCAUGCCGACCUGGGGGAGGCCAUCAAGAAAACCUUGUUGGACGUCGGGCUAACGGAGAAGGAGAACGAGAAAACCAAGACGCUCUCCGGCGGGCAAAAGCGCAAGCUGUCCGUUGGAAUUGCUCUCAUCGGUGGCUCAAAGGUCGUGUUCCUAGAUGAACCAACCUCCGGAAUGGAUCCGCACAGCCGACGCUUCACGUGGGACUUGAUCCGCAAGAAUCGGGAGGGCAGGGUGGUCGUUUUGACGACACACUUCAUGGACGAGGCGGAUCUACUCGGUGAUCGCGUGGCGAUCAUGGCGGACGGGAUGCUCAAGUGCUGCGGCAGCUCCCUCUUCCUCAAGAAACACUACGGAGUUGGGUACAACCUGACCGUGGUGAGAGGCAUCGAAGGAGACUCACCGAGCUCGCCCAAUGGCCAGGAAGGAGGGAACGCCGUGUCGGAAUCCAAGCUGGAGGAGGGGACACCUCGCCACGAGAACGACAAAUCCCACCUACAGGUGGGUCCAAUCAAGGCUCUCGUUCGCUCCCACGUCAAAGCUUCCGUCCUCCUCAGCGACGUUGGGGCGGAGCUGUCGUUCCAGCUGCCAAGUGAAGCGUCUUCUUCGUUCAAGGGAAUGCUGCUCGAGAUGGACGAUCGCAAAGAAGAGCUGGGCAUCAACAGCUACGGCAUGAGCGUGACGACCCUCGAAGAGGUGUUCCUUCGGGUGGCCAGCGAAGCUACCGACCACAAGAACCUCGGGCAUCUAGGCCGCCUCCGACGCGAAAGCAGCCACGCCUCUGACAUGGAAAAGGUGGCGACCCCGAACGAAAGCGUUCAGCGUGGCGUUACCGAGGACCGUUCCAGCGACCGUUCCUGGACAUCGGCUUUCCUCUACCAGACUUUGGCUCUGUUGAAGAAGCGCCUGCUUACCUUUAGGCGGGACAAGAAGAUGUGGGCGUUCGUGGUGCUCAUGCCCGUCGUCUUCAUUGGAACUGGCGCCCUUCUAAUCCUAGACUUCGAUAUAAAGGACCAGCCCGCCCUGGCCCUCUCCCCACAGGUCUACAAUAACGGGGGUGGGGCGCCCUUUCCUUUCGCGACGGAGUGUUCCGACACCAUUGCCACCGAUGGUGUCUGUGACCCUGGCGUGCUGAUGGAGUCGCUUGACAACCCCGACUCGGCGCAAGAAGUUGACCUGGAGCUAUCGCCAGAUGCCGAAUCGGGCGAAGCUGUCGGCGAGCUCAACACGGCGCUGUCCGUCUUCCCGAACAGCUACGACAACAGGGUCUUCGGCGCCUUGUCCUUCCGCGAGGCGGACACCGCCGCAGCCACGUUCGACUACACGAUUCACUCCAACUACAGCGCCCUCCACAGCGCACCGGUGUAUCUGAACCAGAUGAACUCCGCCAUUCUGAGAUUGCUGUCUGGGGACCCGGAACAAAGCAUCAAGACCGUCAUGCACCCCAUGCCAGAGACGGCGGAUGUAGAGGAAAUCCUCGAUUUCGUCCAGACGUUUUUCAUCAUCAUCUUCACCAUCAUGGCCUUCAGCUUUGUGCCAGCAGGCUGGAUCAUGUUUAUCGUCAGGGAGAAGGACACCAAGUGCAAGCACCAACAGAUCGUGUCUGGUGUGGGACUCGAGGCGUACUGGUUUUCGUCCUUCUUGUGGGACUUUGGAUCGUUUCUCGUCCCGAUGACGUUUGCAAUCGUCCUGUUCAAAGGCCUCGGCGUUGAUUCUCUCUUCGAGAACGGGGCGGACGCGGCGUUUGUGCUGCUGUUCAUCCUGUUCGGCCUGAGCAUGGUUCCCUACACCUACCUCGGAAGCUUCAUGUUCUCGUCUCACAGCAAGGCCCAAAACCUUUGGCUGUUCCACAACUUCGUCCUGGGAAUCCUAGGUCCGGUGGCGUUAUUCUCGAUUCCUAACGAGAAGUGGUACCAGGAUGCGCUGCUGUUCGUGCUCAACCUCUUCCCGCAAGUAUGCUUCUCCUUCGCGCUGCUUGUUCUCGGCUUCACCAACGUCGUCGGAGGGGACGAGGAAGGAGAAGGCGAAGAUGACUUCGAAGACGACUUCGACCCGUUCGACAAAUUCGUUCGUCGCAGCCUGACCUACAUGGCGUGUGAGGUUGUGGUCUACACUAUUUUCCUCCUCCUGAUAGAGAGAUAUUCGGCGGGCGGUUCGUGCUUGUCGAGCUUGUGCGGCAAAGCCGCCGUGGGCGCAAGUACCCUCCUCAGCUCCGUGAGCCCCCAACAGCUAGGGGAAGGGGACGUGCUCGAUGAGGACGUGGCGAGAGAGACCGAGAGGGUACGACAAGGAGGCGGGGAUGGAGAUGCCGUCAAGAUUGAAGGGGUCACCAAGGUAUACCCGACACAUGCCGGAGCAAAGGUUGCGGUGAAGAGCACGUCGCUGGGGAUUCCGAAGGGGCAGUGCUUCGGACUGCUCGGGAUCAACGGGGCCGGGAAGUCGAGCCUGUUAUCCAUCUUGUCAGGGGGGAUUCCAGCCACGGCCGGUGCGGCGUCGCUUGGGGGACACGACGUCGGUAAAGAGCCCGAAGCCAUCCACCGCCUUAUGGGCUAUUGCCCCCAGUUCGACGCUCUUUUCGAGACCUUGACCGGCCGGGAACACCUCAGGCUGUAUGCUGCCAUCAAGGGAAUACCGGCCGCGGAGGUGGAAGAGGCCGCCAGCACGAUGAUCACGGAUCUGGGCCUUGGGCAGUACGCCGAUAAGUUGGCAGGCUCUUACAGCGGGGGAAACAAGCGCAAGCUAUCGGUGGCUGUCGCCAUGAUCGGCGAUCCGCAGAUUGUAUUCUUGGACGAGCCAUCGACGGGUAUGGAUCCGAUGGCCCGGCGGAUGAUGUGGAACUACAUCAUGCGCAUCGUUACUCAGAAUCGAUCGUGCGCCAUGAUCUUGACGACGCACAGCAUGGAGGAAUGCGAGGCGCUUUGUCAGCGCAUCGGCAUCAUGGUCGGCGGGCGCAUGAGGUGCCUCGGUAGCUCGCAGCACCUCAAGACGCGCUUCGGGAAAGGGUUCCAGCUCGAGGCCAGGGUCGGAGCCGUCUCCCCGACGGACAUCGACGCCAUGCUCGCUACCAUUGCCCCUGCCACCGGCGGACAAGCGUCCCUCCCCAGCGAGCUUUGCGGUCCCGCUCUGGACGCCGCGCAAUGCCCCGAAUUCGCACCAGAAAUUACCGCAGAGGGAAGAGGGGCCAUGGUGUACCACGCCCUCGCCAACGAGCGGACUGUCUUGGCGCGGGACUUCGCCGCGUGGCUUUGCCUAGAGCAGAGUUGCUCUCGGGUGAUCGCGUUUGUGGAGAGCAGCUUCAAGGGGGCUCGUUUGCGCGAAAAGCAGAAUGCUAAGAUGCGUUUCGAAAUACCGCAGCAAGAGGAUAAGACGCUGGGGGCAAUGUUCGGGUUCAUCGAGGACAGCGCCGCCGAGCUUGGCGUCGGAGAGUACUCGCUCAGCCAGAUUUCGCUUGAGCAAAUCUUCAAUGGAUUCGCCUCUCAACAACAAGAGGAACAAGGGAGGGCAGCUGGCAUCGUGUGACGGGUUUAGCUUUGCGACACGCAACUAUUGUAGCGCUGGAACCACAAUAUGCUUGUGUAGCCUAGACGUUGCACAGAAGCGGUUGGUCCUAGGCCAGACUGAUGAUAUGGUGCCGUUGAGAAUGUCAAAAGCAAGGUGUCUAUUUGUACACAUAUAUGAAAACGUAUUGUGCGUAAAGUCGGUUAAAUAUGCUGGUCAACGUAUGUGCUUCAACGGACCGUUGGUGUUGAGCCGGUGGAAACCAUUUUGGGUGAGGCACAACACUCUGUUUUCGCGGAGGGUAUACAUGUAGAUCCCCGUAGUUCCAGAAAAUACAUUGUUGGUACACGUUAAGUAGGAUUGUGGAAGUACAAUUAUGAUCGUCUGCUGUAGACCAUAGAUAGAUUCGACUGACACGUGGAGAUAUUGUAGGUUGGUGGUCUCCGUUGCCUCAGCGCUGAUAUGACAUUCGAUGCAGCACUGCUCGCGAAGAGGCUCUCGUCCCCUGUGUCGGUCUUGGUGACUGACUUCCAGAUUGUUCGUGUACAAACGUGCGUUUGCUGCGUGUUAUAGAGUGCGAUUGAUUCCGUUGUAAGGUGCGUCUUGGACGAUGAGAAUUGGUUUUGGCCUUUUGUUUCUUCCUGCUUGGAGUUUGCUCUUCUUGGCUGCGUUCUUUCCCGUUCUUUCGCCUGUUGUCUUGUCAAUGUGGCACCCAGCCCUGUCUCAUCGGCACUGGAUGGAGGGGAAGCGGCAAGACAGUUGACAAUGCGUCGAGCCGUAAGCUUCUUCUACUGAAUGAAGUAGAUAGAUGUUGGUGCAACCAACAAUGGCGGGUUGUGUUACCACGUUUGGUUUUGACCCAACCAAGUCGAUUGCUCUAUCUGUGUCUAAAAUGUCCUUCAAAGUCG